CCACCUUUUGAAACCUUCUCAUAUUAUUGUUCGUGCCCAGGUCGCGUUUCUAAGCAAAAAAACUCAAACCAAACAGCUUGCCAACAUGUCCUUUGCCGACUCUAUCAACUCGGCCAGCGGCACCCGGCUCGUCCGCAAGCGCCAACCGGGGACCCAGGGCAGUCCCGGCAGCAGUGUUCGCUCGUCCUUGAGCAACGGCAGCAGUAGUGCGCUCGCGGCUGACCAUGGCGCCGACGAUGACCGCGCUCGGCUUCUGAAUCUCGUUGACCAGUCAGGCGAUGGAGAACUGUCGCCAAGUGUCCGAGCAGAACGGACGCUGCAGCAAGUGAUUGCCGAUGUCAAGUCGGUCGAGGCAGGCAUCGUGAUUGCCAUUGCCAAGUUACAAACACACUGCUCCAACAUUACGUCCUUGCAAAACCAAUUGAUGGGUUCGUCGGUGGAUACAUUCCAAGAGCUAACUCUGGAGCGAGAGCAGGCUGCCUCGACGUUCAACCAUCUCCGGAGCCUGUUUGCCGAAUUGACACAACUGCAACAAUUGGUGCCGGAACAUUUGCAAUCGUGGUUGCAAGCACGAUUUCAACCACUUUUCAUCGACUAUGGCUUUGUCGUGAGCGAGUUUGAGCUGCUCUGCUUCCCUUACAGCGAUCAGUACAGCAACACUCGGCUUGACCGCGAAAACUCGCUCGAUCUGUCUUCGGUGACAACGAGCGCCGAACGCACUGAAUUGAUUGAAAACAAGCAGCGCGAACAGGAACUUGAUCGCUCCAGACGCCGAGAUGAAAUUGUUCACCAGUUAGAACAGAUGGCCGAGGAUGAGCGACAAGUGCUGGAUUCGCGCAAUCCCUUGAUUGAGGAGCAACUCCGUCAACGUCGCGCACGGCAAGAGCAGCUUGAGCGCGAGCUAAUGGAGCUAAACUCAAUGUUUUUCGACCUGCAGCACUUUGUCCAGAAGAGCGCCAGUGUCGUCACACGUCUCGAACAGCAGGUCGAAGAAACUAAAAGCCAAGUUGCUGCCGGGACCAAAGAGCUGAGCAAGGCUGCCAAGAUCCAGGCCGUAAUGUACCCAUUAUUGUUUGGAAUUGUUGGCGGAGCGAUUGCCGGACCAGUGGGCCUUGUUGCUGGCUUGAAAGGUGGCGGCCUCAUGAGCGCAGCUGCGUUGGGCGCAGGAGUGGGCGCUGGUGCGGGCGUCGGUGUGAAGGCGCUUCGCGACAAGUUUGUCGAUCAGCACACUCCGAAACAAUCCCACCCCUCGCAAAUCGCGAUGGUCAACGAAAUGGCAGGCAUUCUCAUCGAAGAGUCUCCAACACGACCCGCCCUCACCGUGCACGAAAAGGUGCGGUAAAGAAGCCAUGUGAGCACACUUUCUCUACAGUACUAUCGUUUAUGACUUGUUCAUGGUCGUCUCGUGCCAAUUAUGCUUCAUUUUUCUACAGUAAAUAGUUUUUGUUAGCCGUU